AUGGGUUCCAGCAUGAAGAAGAAGAAGGAGAAGGCAAAGGACUUCCAGAAAACGAAGUUGAAGGUUGGCAAGACCAAGGCCAAGGCCUCCAAUUUUACAGAUACUAGCUUCAAGUCCAAAGCAAUUGUUAUGGGCCACCAGUCCCUGUCGACAGAAGCACCCGACGUCGUCUACCAAUUCAAGCACAACCUCUCCCUCGCCUCCUCCUCCCGCUCCGACAAGCAGCGCAAAGACGCCCUCGCCUACCUCACAAGCCAACUGGCCCUCGACGUUCCCGUCAACCCCGUCGGCACUGCCGCCGUCCUCACCAAGCUCGUCCCGCUCAUCUCGGACAGUGCGACGCCCGUCCGGCAGCAGCUGCUCAAGCUCCUGCGCACGCUGCCCGCGGAACAAGUCAAACCUGCCAUCGAGCACUCCCUCAUGUUUGUGCGUGCGGGCAUGACGCACCUCUCCACCGACAUCAGCAACGACGCCCUCGCGGCCAUUGACUGGCUGCUCGACGUCGCCGCCGACGAGCUCGUGACGUGUCCGGGCGGCUGGGUGCGCACGCUGACGACCUUUUGCGCCAUGAUGGGCUGGGCGCUGGCGUCGUCGAACAAGGGCUGGACAUCGGCGGCCAAUGCACGCUCGACGCUCAAGCCGAAAGACGCGCAAAACCGCGCGCGGCAGAUGGCGACGCUGGCCAAGUUUCUGCAGGCCGGGCUGAAGGACGAGGUGGCGGCCGAGGCGACGAGCGCGCAGUUUUGGGACAACUUGUACAGGAUACCGCGGUCGGGGAAUGCGUUUGAGUAUCUGAAUCUGUUCAUGGCGCAGAGGGACGAGGAUGCGGAAAUGUACCCAAACAAAGAGGCACGACAGCAAAUAUUUCACAAGCGCUUCUUGGAGCCGGUGCUCAAGGGGAUAGAUCAGACUAAGAAAGAGGGCGGUGUUACGGGACGAGCGGCGGUUGGGUUGGAACAGGUGCUCGCAAAGGGCAUGAAGGACUUUGAGGUAUCAACAGCACUAGACACGCAGGACUUGUUGGACUUGUGGUAA